AUGGCUAACACUUCAAAUCAUAACUCUCCCUCUACGGCAACACAUCACAUUACCUCUUCUGGAGCAAAGGUAUGGUGUGCCACGUUUGCUACCGAAGCUGUCCUCGUGGCCACAGGAAACUUGUUUAUCAUCACUGUAUUUGUCAAAUCACGUGAAUUGUAUAGACGGCCUCAGCACUUUUUUCUCAUCAACUUAGCAGUAGCGGAUUGCUUGGUGGGUGCAUUUGCCGAACCGUUAUUUGUGUACAUCUUGGGCGGAUUCUAUAACCUGUGGAGUUUCAAUGCCCAGACUUCUCUUGGCGAUGCAGUUGUUCUGCUAGACAUGUUUUCUGGGAUUUCAUCUGUUGCAUUUUUAACGGCGAUAGCUCUCGAAAGACUGUAUGCAACAGUUCGUCCAGCCAUCUACAGGAAUGGGACAAAAAAAUGGUUGUACGCGCUGGUAGCAGUUGCUCUUUGGACUCUAUCUGCUGCCAUCUCAUUCGUAAGACUCAUGUUUGAAAACAAUUCUGAGUCCUUUUAUGUUUGGAUGCCUUUCGCGUGUGUUUUAUUGCUCCUUAUAGGAUUAUCCUAUUUCAUUAUUUGGGUCAAAUUACUAUAUUUCAGUCCCAAACGCCUACAACACACGCGUGAAAGAAAACUAAACGUAACUUUGACAAUUUUAACCCUCACCUCUCUCUCAACAUGGCUACCAUUCAUAAUCUUGAAUACUGUAAACAUGUUCCGGCCGGUCAAUCUCCAGGCUGUAUACGCGACGAAAGUGUUGCAUUAUGGAAAUUCUCUAGUAAAUCCUUUCUUGUUUUCUUUAAAAAUGCCGAUGUUUAAAAAAGCUGCCAAAAAGAUAUUCUGUACUCCUAAACGAAAUAACGUACAAAAUUCUGGCUUUUCUACAAAAAAUAGAAGAGAUACAAGCUUGCAAAGCAAU